CAACUCAGAGACGUUCCCACAAUGAGUGAAAGCUGUAUCACGACAGGACUGAGUCUAAUUAUACACCCACAGAGACAGGGAGAAAUAGGAGGGGGUCACAAAGGGUGAGCGAGCCGAAGCGUGCGAGUCUCUCUGUGUGUGUGUGUGUGUGUGUGUGUGCAUGAAACCAAAAGAGAGCAGAGCGAGCUUUAGAGAGAGAGAGAGAGAAAGAGAGAGAGGAGCGAGCGCUCGCAGUGGGUGAGAAUACAGAAGAUACAGCAAAAGAGUGACUAGGUGAAGACAAGAUAAGGAAAAAGACAUAAUUUACAGCAUCAUGCUGGAUAUUUCCGUCUGCUGCGCUACUGCUGCUUUCCCAUGAUCACUCAGUGUAUUUCUCACCAUAAAAAGACACCCAAAGAGAAGAGCUGCAGGUGUGAUGGACUGCAGGAGUAAGUGGCGUCACAUGGAUAUCUGCUCAGCACACCCCAUCAAGGUUAGUCGCAUCAGGUGAGUGGGAGUUCCGAACGUGGCCGUGUGUGACACGUGGUGUGCGUGAUGCUGAUCAACAGAAGAACGUGUCUUUCUCCUAGCCCCUCGUUCUUCCCGGCCCAUGUAACCUAGAGUGGCCCAGAAGGCCCGGGGGAUUGUCCCAUGAAUCCAAGCCCAGAGCGCAGCAAGGAGUGUCUCCCCCCGGAAAAGCGGGACUCCCGACAGGGCUCGUCAGAUCAGCCUGCCCCAGAGGAUGACUUCAAACCCCCUGCCCCUUUUCGAAGCCGAAGGCAGCACUACUCCACAGAGGGUCACAGAGAGAGUGGGGACCUUCUACCACCCCCUCUGCCCACUCUGCCACCCCUUCCUCUGUCGUUGCCUUGGCAGGUGUCCUACGCUCCCUCCAUGCAUCACUCAUACCUGCCGGUCCAGGUGGGAGAGAGGCGAGGGGCCGCUUCAGCGCCCUGGAGAGAGACGCUGUGCGGACGGGGUAUGGAUGGAGGACUGGAGAACGCCGUUCCCCACCACUCUCGCUGGCUGAGCAGUGACAUCCCCCCGAUCAGCGUGCAACCGCUCAUUUCUGUGCCCAUGUUCAAAAGUGUCUACGCAGCCGAGUCCAGAGAAAUGUGGUCCUACGGCCCCGGUCGACAAGACUAUAGCUCAUCUCUCUUCCCCCCUCACCUCUUUGCACAGCCUCCGGUUUAUCCCCAUGACGCCCUCCCUGACAGCAGACUCAGGUACCAAGGCAGGAGGCCCAACGGUGUUGAGGGCACCAAUAGCGGGUCUGGGCCUAGCAGAAGGAUGCCCCCUUGCGACGACUGCGAGAACGACAGCGCGACCAGGUUAGAUGGUCCGCAUGCCAAUGGCAGGAGAAGACAGGAGAGCACAAGAGGACAGACCACCGGAAAAGGCCUUCUGCCACGAGAGAGCACAGGUGCACAUUCCUCACCGUGGGACAGGGACCCUCGGGGAACGCCCAAAACUCCAACACCCCCCUCAUCGGACACAAAGACGGGGAAGGCAGUCACUUCUCAGGACCAUUUUGGUGGUAGUGCCUCUCAGGCUGGAGCUCAGAUCUACUAUGCUGUGGGGUCCCUUUGCCAAUCUGCUCACCAUAACUCUCAGAAGUACCCACAACUUAGUCCUUCUGUGUCCUGCUCCCCGAGGAAGUCCCAGCACUUCCUACAAAGCCAACACAACAGCCACGGGGUUGAAUGGGAUCCCUCAGCAGGCUCCUACCGCCCUCCCGUGGCUGUGCUUACUGGCCCUGACCCACCCCCUUCAGCAGUCCUACCUCAUUUUGCCAAAGGUUCCCUGAUCGAGCUGGCCGGCGGCCAUCUGAAGAGGGUGGAGGAGCUGAAGACAGAGGAUUUCUUGCGCAGUGCCGACACCCUGCCUGAAUUUCACCUGAGCACCUGCACUAUUCUGUUAAUCUCACCUGGACCCACGUACGGCUUCAACCACUUGCAGGUCUUACUCACAGACCGCAACACUCAGGAGCUGCUCACAGUCUUAGCAGAAUAUCCGUUUUUCGUCCGGGACCGCGGCUGGUCGUCUUGCAGUCCCCAGCGAAGCGCCCAGCUGUAUGGCCUGCAGUGCCGUCAGCUCAGCACCGGCGACGUGUGUCUGGCACUGACUCCCACACCUGCUUCACCUCAUUCGGCGGCCCCUCCGGCACAGCGUCCACACGUGCGUCCGGGGGACGCGGCGGAGAGGACGUUCCCUGUCCCUGCCCCCGCACCCGCACCCGCACCCCCGUCUCCGGCGGCCGUCCAGCCUCCUCCUUCUAGUCCGCUGAGCGAGCGGCCCCGCGCCCGCAAGAGACGCUGGUCCGCCCCUGAGCUCGAGCCAGGAAUCGAGACUAGCACCCAUUUACCUCAAGGCUCCAAGCACGAGAGACAGCAGUAAUGUUUUUUGAAUCGACACCACAGGAAGGGUUAGCAACCGAUUGCUUGUAACCUCACAGAUACCAUGGAAUAGCUAGUAAAAUUGUUCCCCUUCUGGCCUGUCCUGUUAAAUGUGAUUUCAGAAUGUAGAACAACACACGCUAGCCUGGUCCAAAAUGCACAACGAGACAAUCAAAGAUCACUUCUUUGUGAUGCCACGCACCUUUUAGUUAUGCUAAUUUCUAGCCUUUUUCUGCAGGGUAUGUCUUUUUAAUCCGUAUUAUAAGAAACCAAUACUACCGGAGGAGAAAAAGACAAAGCACACAAAUAUGUGAGAAUAUAUCAUAUUACGAGUGUUCUGUGAAUAUGCUAAAGGAAGUAGUGUACUGUUAUAUUCGUAAUGCAGUCUUGUUUCAUGCUUACGAACUGCGUACGUUCCUUCAGUCUAGCAGGCGAGCUGAAUGUAUUAGCAGGCUUCGGCCAGGCUUUCAGUGCGGGGUCAAUGUGCUAGUUCACUUUAGCAUUACGCUCCAGCCUGUUUUUACCAAGGGAAGAGACACUAACGAUGGAAUGAUACCAAACACGCACGCGACCCUGGGCCUGGCGUUUUUAAAGAGUGAUGGUGCUAAUGACACAUCAGAAAAGUCCUCUGGGGAUUUGUGGGAUUCCCUUUGACAUUUCCUCAUGAGAAAGGACAGAAAUCUAGUGUUUUGAACUCAAAUACGGGUAUAUCUACUCUUGAUUAAGCACACUCUAUCACUUUAUUUUUCUCUCUCUCUUGUUUUUCUUUUGUGGUUUCUCAAGUAACGUUCGCUGUUAGUUUUUUGUUUUUAUUUUCUUUAUAAAUGUUCUAAUUGCUCUGAAAAUGUAUAUUUUUAAAGUUGUGAGACUGUAAUACAAUGUUCGCUAGAAAUAAAAGAACAGCUUUCUAGAUUUAAAAAGACCUAAUUCCAUAUUUAGCAUCUUUGUGAAACAAAUGAGAACAAUAU